AUGCCAUCUAAGGAAGCAGGCGCUGAAGCGCCGGCUCCUAACACCAAGGUUCAUGUGAAUCCUGCGAAACAGAAAGGAGGAACGCCACCAGAAACCUCUUCAGUGCGUUCCAAAUUUUCUCCAUAUAGAUCUGACUUGGAGGAGAAAUUCAGAGAAACACUUGAAAAGAUGAGAUCGAAGUCUUUCGACGACAGACGAUUUUUUCGUCGGACAGGCAGAAUUCGUCGACUUCGAAUUUGCAUCACCAAAAAGGAUAAUUUGAUUAUUUACAGGAAGCGAAGCAAAGGUUUGGUACUUCCUCUCAGUGCCGUAACUAAAACGAGUGUAUCCACCCAGGCUUUCUUCGUCUCGGAAGAAAAACGGCUUAUGAUCUGUCGCUAUCGAAUGGUAUUUGACAUUGGUACAGUGAAUCUGUUCUUUGCUAAUGAAAGUAUACCAGCAUGGAGAGAUGCUUUUGAUGAAAUCAUUGAUAAAUAUUCACGAUCACAAUUCACAUUACCAAUUGAACAACCGCCAACGGCUAAAUCGAGCUCCAAGUCGACGGAUGACAAAGUGAGUGCGAAGUCGGACAGCAAACGUUCGUGCAGUACUGUCUCGUGUGAAGACAGAUCAGAUAGACAGGAAAGGUCAAGCAAAACCAGUCAUCGCUCCCUGGGAACUCCGCUAACCAUACAGUCAACUGCUUCAUCGUGUCAAGAAGAAUCGGGCAAGACACCAUCGAAAUCAGUUCGUCGUGGGAAGCGAAGCGUGGCCAGCUUGCGGGCCUGUUUACAUCGCAGAUUUUGUGGCCAUUCCGUGACCAAGGCAGUGCAAACUGAGGAAAAGCAAGAAGUGCACGUAUCUGUCAGCAAUUCGGAACAGGAUCGCUUGGUUCCACCGAUGAGAAAGGGUAUGUAUGGAGACGAUGUUGAACCGCCUCUUCCAGUGAAUCCACCUCCAAUGCUUCACUACUGUUCUCCCUACAAGUUGGACAACAGCCAAGUGACCAUUACUGCUCCGUCUUCGAUCAAAGAGAACCUUGCUAUACCGGCUCUAUCCCGGUCUUCCCGAAGUUGUUCCUCGAUUCAUGUCACGAUUUCAGAAUCGGCUGAAAUUCAUAGCGACACCCAGGCUAUCACCGUUAGAAAGGUAGUUUCUUCAGAAGCAAUUACAAAGCCAAUCGAAACGUCAACGCCCAAAUGCAUGGCCUGUCCAGCUUUUGAACCCGUCUCCAUGACCCCGAGAAAACCCCCUCGAGCUUCACCCGGACCACUGGAGCACAGGCCUUCAAAACCUGGGAUUGUUCAACAUCGUCCAAAAAGACCCAGUACAGCUGCGACGAUGGUACCUGAGAAGUUCGACUACAAGGUGACAUCCACUAAGGAGACUGUUACCCAAGCCGAUCACCCGCCAUCACGUUACCGUGAAAGUGUCCGCUUUUCAAUCUCGUCCUUCCCUUCUAUGGGAGAAAGCAGCUACAACAGUUGGAUUUCUGCAAGUACCCAGUCAAUUAGACUGGAGGAUAUGAGCGCCGAGGAUACCCAACACUCGGACUAUGCAGAUGUACCCGAUUCCCUGUUGGCAGCUCAGGAUGACGAGGAUUGGUGGCAACACUCACAUGCAGCUUGA